GGUGCCCACUCUGCGCCUGUCAUGAUCUGUCCACUGCCUGCGCUGUGGUGGAAGAGAAUCCCGCAGAAUGUCCUAGUGUCGCCAAGCCCGAGCGCCUUCAAGCUGAUUCAUCCGACGGCGGCGAUUGAGGAAUUUUUUACAUCUACUACUGCUGCUACUACAUCAACUACAUCUGCUCCGUCUCUGUCUACUGAGCUCAUCACCACAUCCUUCAUCUUCCGCACUCCUUCUUUCACGUCGUUGUCGCGGUCCUCGCGCCAUCAUCUGUUUCUCUUCCCGUGCGUCUUGUUUUACUCGAGCAAUCAUGAUUGCCUCCAGACUGUCCAGAGCUCUUCCGCGCUCAUCUCCCAUCUCCCGCAUCUCUCAGAUCCGAGCUCCUCGUUCCUCAAUACUCUCUCGAUAUGCCUCGACCGAUGCGGAAGGUUCCGAGAAGGUCAAGGGUCAGGUUAUUGGUAUCGACUUGGGUACCACGAACUCGGCCGUGGCCGUGAUGGAAGGCAAGGUGCCUCGAAUCAUCGAAAACUCCGAGGGUACCCGAACGACACCAUCCGUGGUCGCUUUCACCGAGAGCGGCGAGCGUUUGGUCGGUGUGGCAGCUAAGCGACAAGCUGUCGUCAACCCUGAAAACACCCUGUUCGCAACCAAGCGUCUCAUCGGUCGAAAAUUCUCAGACCCGGAAGUCCAGCGUGAUAUCAAGGAGGUCCCCUACAAGAUUGUACAACACACCAACGGCGAUGCCUGGGUGGAGGCCCGUGGCGAGCGGUAUUCGCCCUCGCAAAUCGGUGGUAUGGUCCUGGCGAAGAUGAAGGAGACUGCCGAAGCCUAUCUCGGCAAGCCGGUGAAGAACGGUGUUGUUACUGUGCCUGCAUACUUUAAUGAUAUGCAACGACAGGCUACCAAGGAUGCAGGCCAGAUUGCUGGCUUGAACGUCCUCCGUGUCGUCAACGAGCCUACUGCUGCUGCCCUCGCAUACGGUCUGGAGAAGGAGGAUGAUCGCAUCAUCGCCGUCUACGAUCUCGGUGGUGGUACUUUCGAUAUCUCGGUUCUCGAAAUCCAGAAGGGUGUCUUCGAGGUCAAGUCGACCAACGGUGACACUCACUUGGGUGGUGAAGAUUUCGAUAUCUCCCUGGUUCGCCACCUUGUGCAACAGUUCAAGAAAGAGUCCGGUAUUGAUCUGUCCAACGACCGUAUGGCCAUCCAACGUAUCCGUGAGGCAGCAGAGAAGGCCAAGAUUGAGCUGUCCUCCUCGCUGCAGACCGACAUCAACUUGCCUUUCAUUACCGCCGAUGCUUCGGGUCCUAAGCACAUCAACCAGAAGAUGACUCGUGCCCAGCUUGAGAAGUUGGUCGAGCCUCUUAUUUCGAGGACUAUUGAGCCAGUUCGCAAGGCUCUGAAGGAUGCUAACCUCCAAGCCAAGGAUAUCCAGGAAGUCAUCCUGGUUGGUGGUAUGACUCGUAUGCCUAAAGUCAUCGAGUCGGUUAAGAGCAUCUUCGGCCGUGACCCUGCUAAGUCUGUCAACCCUGACGAGGCUGUUGCCAUUGGUGCCGCCAUCCAGGGAGCCGUUCUUGCCGGUGAGGUGACAGAUGUGUUGUUGCUCGAUGUUACUCCUCUGUCCCUCGGUAUCGAGACCCUUGGUGGCGUGUUCACCCGUCUGAUCAACCGAAACACUACUAUCCCGACCAAGAAGUCGCAGAUCUUCUCCACUGCUGCCGAUUUCCAGACCGCAGUCGAGAUCAAGGUCUACCAGGGUGAGCGUGAGCUUGUCCGUGACAACAAGCUGUUGGGCAACUUCCAGCUUGUCGGUAUCCCGCCUGCCCACCGUGGUGUUCCUCAAAUCGAGGUCACCUUCGAUAUUGAUGCCGACUCUAUUGUGCACGUGAGCGCCAAGGACAAGUCGACUGGCAAGGAUCAAUCCAUCACCAUUGCUUCCGGCUCCGGUUUGUCGGACUCUGAAAUCGAGAACAUGGUUUCGGAUGCCGAGAAGUACUCUGCACAAGAUAAGGAGCGCAAGGCUGCCAUCGAAGCUGCCAACCGCGCCGACAGCGUCUUGAACGACACCGAGAAGGCCCUCAAGGAAUUUGAAGACAAGCUCGACAAGACUGAGGCCGAUGCCAUCAAGGAGAAGAUUGCUUCUCUCCGCGAGUACGUUGCCAAGAACCAAGCUGGCGAGGGUACGGCGACUGCGGAAGAGAUGAAGGCCAAGAUCGACGAACUGCAGACCACGGCCCUUACCCUGUUCGACAAGAUGCACAAGGCUCGUGAGGAGUCCCAGCAGACUCCUCCUGGCGGUGACGCCGGUGCCCAAGGCGAGCAGAAGUCUUGAAAACAUACAUUGUGAAUAAGGACGGCGGCGCACGGCAAAAGCGGUCCCAUGUAUUUUAAUGAUAUCCCUGUACUCGACUUUUUCUAAUCGUUUUGGUCCUGGUCGACCAUUCAACCUGUUUUGCCCUGAUCCUGCGAUGUAUCACGAGUGCCAACUUGUCUCGGUGUGCUUUGGAAGAAGCAUUCCACUGUUACUGGAUCUUGACUAGAUACAUACAUUGGAGUCUCGCACGGUCAGCCUGUUGUAUCUUGAGCUAGAUAGCUGGUGGGAGGAACAUGGAUUGAAACAUUGCCGUGGGACAAAAGUAUGUAUGGAGCAUUCUGCACUGACCAACCUGGAAGGCUAGGGAGCAAGUGUGUCUUGAUUCAUACGCGGUCUGGUUGUAUAUCGGGAUGGCUUCAGAAUAAAAGAAAUUUCUCCGCUCAUGUUAUGAAUUCGGCAGCUCUGAUAGAUCUCGCAUUGUAUGAUAUCCACAGAGCCGACCCUGCAGUGUUGGUCACAACAAGGAUCGAUGGACGCCCGCGAGCACCAGAAAGUAAAAUAGUGCUAUCGAAGCUUGCAGGUAUCUCCGUACCUAGGUACCCCAGUCAGGUCGGCAGUAGUGUGUACGAGGAGUCAGGGGAAGCCUGAACGGCAAUCGAGUCCGCAGUGGCUUUUGUUGACAGACACGAAGGUGUUUCUCGGUGGAAAGCAUAACCAUGAUCGAGGAUGCUACCGAAUUGCUGAGCAGCGCAUAGAGCAGCGCAUAUAGCAUCUAUGGCACCGCAGCAGAGCAAACGGCAGUGCCAGCGCCGAAGUGUACUCGUAUACUAGCACCAAC